AUGUCAUAUUCAACUCCGGACUUUUUCUUGACUGGUUUUCCCGGACUUGAAGCUCAUCAUCACUGGCUGUCAAUUCCUUUUAUUGUUAUGUAUUGCAUUGCCGUUGUAGCCAAUAGUACAUUGAUAUAUAUUAUUAAAAAUGAGCAAAAUCUUCAUAUGCCGAUGUAUAUUCUCCUUAGUGUUCUUGCGGUGACAGACAUUGGUUUAUGCACCUCAACAAUACCUAAAAUGCUGGAGAUAUUACUGUACAAUGUCCGCGCUAUUUCUUUUCAAGCCUGCUUCCUACAAAUGUUCUUUAUUUCGUAUUUUUGUGCUCUGGAAUCCUCUAUACUGGUCGUAAUGUCUUAUGACCGUUACGUUGCUAUCUGUAACCCACUGCGGUAUACGUCCAUUCUAACGACUGCAUGCAUUGCUAAAAUCCUUCUUGUGUAUAUUUUAAGAUGUGUAAUUUUAAUAGGCGUCAUUCCCAUCAUGGCAUCAAAGUUGCUUUACUGUUCAUCCACCAUUGUCGCACAAAGCUACUGUGACCACAUGAAUGUGGCUAAACUGGCUUGCGCAGAUAUCACUAUAAAUAAUUAUUAUGGACUUUCGGUUGAUUUUUUAAUAGCCGGUAUGGAUUUGAUUUGUAUAGCUUUCAGCUAUAUAAUGAUUAUCAGGGCGGUUUUAAAACUGUCCACAACACAAGCCCGUAUUAAGGUAUUUAGUACUUGUGGUUCCCAUAUAUUUAUUAUAUUGUACUCUUAUAUCAGCGGUAUAUGUAAUUACUUAGCUUACAGAUUUAAUAAAAAUAUACCUAACUACCUUACUGUCGUAUCAAGUGUUUUAUACCUUAUUAUACCGCCAGUGUUAAAUCCUAUUAUUUAUGGUGUGAGAACGAAGGAAAUCCGUGAAGGAUUUAUAAAACAUCUACUGGGAAAAGCAAAUAACCGUAAAAUAAUCUGUAAUAGUUAA